AAAGUCGUGGCGAGCGUGCCGUUGUGCUGGAUGUCCAGUUUAGUUUUGGACGAAUACGAUGUCAGGCGCCAGCGGAGAGCGAGGAGUGAGCAGGGGCCGCGGCAGAGGUCGAAGAGGACGAGGGAGAGGAUGGAGAGGCGGGGAGAGAGACAGACAGAGCUGGGGGGAAGUGUUUGCGGUGGGCCCGGCUCCGGGUCUCCGAGGAUCUUUCCCCAGACCUCCUGGGAGAGGAAGAGGAGUGGAACUGUGGCCUUCUUUACAGCCAGAUCACAUGCCCAGCUGGUUUUCCGGUCCGCAGUGGUAUCCGGGAAGAGGACGAGGCUUUGUACAACCACCGCAUUUUCCACCACCAGCCUUUGCUCCUACUCUUUACCCCAGUGCUCCACCCCGACACCCCAGUUCUCCACCCGACACCCCUCUCCCCGACACCCCAGUACUCUACCCAGACACCCCACUCCACACGGGAGGGGGAACCCCCUGCUCCAACGACCUUGGGAGACGAUCAAUGAACCUGAGCAAGUGGGCCAGACUCUGCCCACCAUUCUGAUGGUGAUGACCUACAAUGUCCUGGCCCAGAGUCUGAUAGACAAGAACAUGCACCUCUACCGGAACACAGGGGCCUUGUAUUGGGAGAGCAGAAGACAGCUGCUACUGAGGGAGCUGAGGGAGGCCAGAGCUGAUGUCAGGGGCCUCCCCUCCUCUUCGUCUAGGCUGGUUGCUAAUUCGCUCUCUCUCCCUGCAGAUAGUGUGCCUCCAGGAGGUGGAAGAAGAGCACUACCAUAAUUGGUUCCUCCCUAACAUGUCUUCACUAGCAUUCUCAGGCGACAGUGCUGGUUGUGGUUGAGACUAUCCUUAUACUGCUGGCAGUGCAACUAACAACAAUGUGCUGGCUUUCCUAAUUCAAACACGUGCAGCUGACAUACUAACAUAAAUGGGCUUUUCGUUCCACUAGUGCUAGCCAACAUUAAAGUGUUCUCUUUCUCUGUUCUCACUGUCUCAGGGUACGGUGGACUGUACAAGAAGAGGACGGGAGAGAACACUGAUGGCUGUGCAGUGUUCUACAACAGCUCUCGACUGAAGCUGCUGGACUGGAGACCAGUGGAGUUCCAGAGGAGAGUCAAGGUCCUGGACAGAGACAACGUUGGACUAGUGGCAAAGUUUGAGAUCCCAGUCUCCGGUCAAAGGUCCGCGGCGUUCUGCCUCGCCACCACCCACCUGCUCUUCAACCCCAAGGCAGGGGAGGUGAAACUGGCACAGAUGGUCUGCCUCCUUGCCGAGCUGGACCGGCUUGCCACGCCCCCUUCCGGCGAGCCCCGCCUCGCUUGCAUCGUGUGUGGGGACCUGAACAGUCUCCCAUCCUCUCCUCUGCUGCGGUUCCUGGAGAAUGGCGUGCUGCGCCUACUCUGGACUCAAGAGGGACCAGGUAGCCGGGUACCACUUCAGAGACUCCUCACAGAGAGAGCCAAUCCCGGUACCUC